CCGCACAAGAGCGCCCCUGAGACCCACGCGCGCUCAUAGCCUACAGUUCACAGAUUUGCCAGGAGUCCAUCUCUUCGCAUAUCUGUACCACCACUGGUGUGAAGUUACUUCGACUGUUACCAUAGUGGAUUACAGAUGGGUAAAACAUUGAAAAUAGUUUGAUAAAUGCACUUUAUUUAUUUUUAUCAAAUGUGAUUUUAGAAAGUGCGCAGCGGAUUGUUUUAUUGGUUUUCCCUGAAACGUCGGGAACAGGACACAGGCAAGUGGAAACUCCUUAUACAGAUCAAGUAUGUGUAUUGAAGACGUGUGGAAUAUUUUACAGUUAUAUAAUUUUUCAGCUAACAAUUUUCGGAAAGAAAUUGAACUGUCUAAAGAUUUUUAAAAGAUUCGAGUUCGCCUAGGCAACUCUUCGUCAUGGACGCGUGAGGUGAAGCUACACGGUGCGGUAAUCUACGAGGGGCACUCGGGCAAAAUCUAUAGCCUAAACCAUCCUCGGGCUUUUGGAUGUGGUCUGUACAGGGCAGGGGUGCAUACUUGUACCUCUAAGAAUGAAAUGAAUCAGUCUUCCAACGUCUUCAUUUUGUCUUUUCCAAAGACACAUCUAGUUAUGGGGUGAAGAGGAUGAGGUAGAGACGGCAGGGAUAGUCUAUGUGGGAGGGAACAUGGAAUGUUUUCUAUUAUAUAAUCUUUGACAAAACUGCUUAUUAGUGGGAGAACAUAGCAAGCCAAUUUCCCUGACCCCUUUUCCCUCCCCUUUUCAUCGGGGGAGACAAAACUUUUUGUGAUCAUUAAUCAUUUUGGAGAGAAUCGACGUGUUUUCAGACAAAUUGACUGUUGAAAUGAUAACACAUCUUGACUGAAGUUGGCACGGAGAACACUAUGACAAGAGUCACUGGUGUGUAUUAUUUGGAUUUCACUGAUCUUGUAUUACACAGUAACCCCCUCUGUCUGCCUCUCCAUAGAAGAGAGGAAUAUUGAAUUGCCAAGAUGGCUAAUGUGCAUUUAUUGUUUCAGAUUUCAACUAUACCUCUCUGUCUCUUUUUUCUCUGCCUUGAUCCAUCUCUCUUUUUUAUUGUUUGAUUUUGGUUGAUCGUUUGGAAUGACACCUGAUGCCCGAGGUCCUGGAUUUCAAUCUUCCUUCAUCCUUCAAGAUGCUGAAUCUAAAGACACUAAGCCUUCAGCUAACCACACUCAGUUGUACCCCUUACUUGUUUUUCAACUUUGCACUGUUUUCUUGGUGAAGCCAUCUUUUGUGGACGUAGAACAAUUGCAACCAACCCCAUCUUGCUUUGAGAUACUGUGAUAUGUAAUCAUUCGAGGAACUGUCGACACACUGUUGUGUCCCUUGCCGUCUCUGAAUCUCUGAAAGGCUUUUUGCGUAAAGUAGAAAGGGACAAAAACAAUCCCCAAGUUAAUUUUCCUCCAGCCCCCCUGUCCGUCCUCCCCUCUCCCCCCCCACUCAUCAGGGCUGGUGGGGGGGUGGGAUCUGGAGCUCCAGGGUCGUAACGGCGGAGGUGGUGGUACCCUGGAGCCUCCUUGUAGCAAGGCCUUCCAUCAUGGAGACCAGUCCAGAGAGCCCCAACCGGGCCGUGGAGUACCUCCUGGAGCUCAACAACAUCAUCGAGAGCCAGGCCAAGCUCAUGGAGACCCAGCGGCGGCGCAUCGAGGAGCUGGAAGGUCAGCUGGACCGAGUCAGCCAGGAGAACCAGGACCUGAGGCUGGAGAAACCCACUCCUCCACGAGCCCCGGAGCUCCCCGAACAGAACCAUAGCAACACCAACCACAGAGCAGAGCAGCCCCUCUCCCUGCCCAUCCACCCUGGCAGCAGUAGUGGAGGUAGUGGCAGCACCCCCAGCCCCGUCACCGCCCCACCCCCUGCAGUGGUGGUGCCCCCUGCAGGGCUGAGCCGGGAGAGACGUGCCCACACCAGGCUGACCCGGGGCAUGUCCUGUGGCUCGAACCCAGCUGAGAGGGAGCAGCGGGAGAGAUUGGACCACACAGACAGCUCUGACACCAACAGCUCCACCAUCCGCAGAAAUGUCAGGCAGUCACCAUCUUACUCAAGCUAUCCAAUCUCUGCUCCCACAAGCCCUACUGCAGCCAGCCCCUAUGCCACCCUCCUCCCCACCAGUCUGACUGUUAACAGCUUCUUCAGCCUCCAUCAGUACUGCUGCCCCUCGUCUGCCAAACACUCGCAGCAGGCAAGUGUGGAAACAGAGACCCAGUGUGCGGAGCCUCCCGGGGCCCACUCAGACGGCCCCUACAGCCAGACCACAGCGUACCUGCGUGGCACAGAGCGCUACAGUGACAGCAGCAGUGGUCCUGGUCCUCCAGGCCCUCGGGGGCCUCCGUGCGUGGCCCCUCCCAGCUCGGCAAGCCUUGCCUGGGCACUGCGAACACGCCAUCAGCCUGCCAGCCUGGCCCUCCGCAAGCAGGAGGAGGAGGAGAACAAGAGGUGCAAGGCCAGUCUCUCUGACAGCUAUGAGCUCUCCACAGACCUGCAGGACAAGAAGGUGGAGAUGUUGGAGAGGAAGUAUGGUGGCUCCUUUGUGAGCCGCAGAGCAGCCCGGACCAUCCAGACAGCCUUCCGCCAGUACCGUAUGAACAAGAACUUUGAGCGCCUCCGCAGCUCGGCGUCCGAGAGCCGCAUGACGCGACGCAUCAUCCUGUCCAACAUGCGGCUGCAGUACUCGUUUGACGACCGCCAGCCGCAGCAGCAGGGGACCGGAACACAGACGAACUUCACACACAGUGUGGGCAUCGGCCCUCCUCAUUCACCUGACGCAGAAAGGACAGGAGACUACACACACCUGGAGGACUCCUUCACCAAACAGGUGAAGACCCUGGCUGACUCCAUGGACACCGCCCUGACCUGCCGAGGCGGGCGAGAUGACUCCCAGGAGGACUUUGGGGAGUGUGUGUGGAGCAGCAGCAGUAACCCCUCCUCUCAGAGAGGCCUGUGUGAGAGACCCCGGGGAGGGGGAGGGGGCCUCAGCAUGCACGGAGACAGCACAGCCACCUCCUACAGUGAUGUCACUCUAUACAUGGACGACUGCAUGCCCUCCUCGCCUCUCUCACUGGACCGGGCUCCCAGCAGCACAGACACUGAGUACUGGGGCCCUGGGGGAGGCGUGGGGGCCCGUGAGGACAGCAGGGACACUGAGGGAGGGGGUAGCAGUAACAGCCGUCGCAGCACUCCCUGCACGGAGUGUCGAGACUACCGUCUGAGGGGCGCCCACCUGCCCCUGCUCACCAUCGAGCCCCCCAGCGACAGCUCCGUGGACAUGAGCGACCGCUCUGACCGUGGCUCUCUCAGCAGACAGAUCUACGAGCAGGAGCCAGCGGGAGGAGCGGGCUCUCCUCAGGGAACACUCAAACACUCCCCUAACACUCCCCGCUCUGUCCCCACAGCCGCAGCGCAGGGCCAGACCCGCGCCCCCGGCCGGGGCCCCCCCCUGCCCACUCAAAUCCCCCACCACGUGGCACACCACCAUCACCACCACCCUCACCACCACCACCAGUACCCAGACACCCCCUCAUCCUCCUCCUCCCCCCAGCAGCCCCCCACCACCCCCCUGUCCUCCUCCUCCUCUGCUGCGCUGCCCCCUGGUGGCCUAGAGCAGCCCUGUCUGUCUGACGGGGACAACGACUCUCUCAACUCCACCACCAACUCCAACGAAACGGUGAACUGCAGCUCUGGCUCCUCGUCUCAGGACAGCCUGAGGGAGCCCCUACCCCCUCUGGGCAAGCAGACCUACCAGAGAGAGAGUAGACACAGCUGGGACUCACCGCCAUUUAACAACGACGUGGUGCAAAGACGCCAGUACCGCAUCGGACUCAACCUAUUCAAUAAGAAGCCAGAAAAAGGGAUCCAGUACCUGAUCGAGAGAGGUUUUGUGUCCGACACUCCGGUCGGGAUCGCUCGCUUCAUCCUGGAGAGGAAGGGCCUUAGCAGACAGAUGAUCGGAGAAUUCCUCGGCAACCGGCAGAAACAGUUCAACAAGGACGUACUGGACUGUGUGGUGGACGAGAUGGACUUCUCAGGUAUGGACCUGGACGAUGCUCUGAGGAAGUUCCAGGCCCAGAUUAGAGUUCAAGGAGAAGCCCAGAAAGUAGAGAGGCUCAUAGAAGCUUUCAGUCAGCGGUACUGUGUGUGUAACCCGACGCUGGUCCGCCAGUUCCAGAACCCAGACACCAUCUUCAUCCUGGCCUUCGCCAUCAUCCUCCUCAACACGGAUAUGUACAGCCCCAACGUCAAGGCAGAGAGGAAGAUGAAGAUAGAGGACUUCAUCAAGAACCUCAGAGGAGUGGACAACGGCCAGGACAUUCCCAGGGAUCUGUUGGUGGGGAUCUACCAGCGCAUCCAGAAGUGGGAGCUAAGGACCAACGAUGACCACGUGUCCCAAGUGCAGGCGGUAGAGAGAGUCAUAGUAGGCAAAAAGCCUGUGAUGUCUCUGCCACACCGCAGGCUGGUAUGCUGCUGUCAGCUAUAUGAGGUGCCUGACCCCAACCGACCCCAGAGGACAGGAGUUCACCAACGGGAGGUCUUCCUGUUCAACGACCUGCUGGUGGUGACUAAGAUUUUCCAGAAGAAGAAGACUUCUGUGACGUACAGUUUCAGACAGUCCUUCCCUCUGGUGGAGAUGCAAGUCCACAUGUUCCAGAACUCCUACUACCCCCACGGUAUCCGUCUGACCUCAGCAGUGUUGGGUGGAGAGAGGAAGGUCCUUAUCGUGUUUAUGGCUCCCAGCCAGCAGGACCGCACCCGCUUUGUCAGUGACCUUAAAGAGAGUAUCGCUGAGGUGCAGGAGAUGGAGAAGUACAGAGUGGAGUCCGAGUUGGAGAAGCAGAAAGGCGUGAUGCGGACUGGCCUGCUGACCGGCUUGGUCGGAGGUGGAGUGGGUGUGAAGGGUGAGGUGGCGAACGGCACCCUGGGAAGGCCCAGUCUAGAUGACAACUACUCUGCGGGAGAGGGACUCAAACGCUCGGCGCUCAGCUCAUCUCUCCGAGACCUAUCAGAUGGAGGGAAACGUGGUCGCAGAAACAGUGUUGGCUCCCUCGACAGUACCAUGGAAGGUUCCAUCAUUAGCAGCCCCCAGCCGCACCAGCGUUACCCGGUUCCGGGCGUGGUCCCAGGCUGCUACCCUACAGAAGACUACCGGCCGCAUCGCCCCAUCCUGAGCCCCGGAACGGGGGUGGGGGGUGGGCCGGGGCAACAACACACCACUGCUGGGACGGGAGUUGGGGGGGUUCCCAGCAGUGUAGAGAGAGCGGGGGUGGGGAGCGGCCCUGGGGGGGGCAAUACAGGCUCCUUCCUGGGCUCUCUAUUCGGCAGCAAACGCGCCAAGCCGCCAAGUCCCCUUAUACCACCGGGGCCACCCUACCCCGCCCCUGUCCCCCCACCCACUACGGGAGGGCCCCCUCCUCACUCCCCAUCAUCUCUGUGCCAGUCGGAGGGGGGCCCUUCCAAGAUCCAGGCCCUGCAUGCUCAGUACUGCCACACGGCCGCCGUGCAGCCCCCACCUCCCUACUACCAUCACCAUCGCUACCACGUCCUAGCUGGCCCUCCUCCCUUGCCAGGUGGGGGCGUGCCCCCUCAUAUCCUUCAGAGAGGGCCGUUCCCCUGUCGCCCUCCUAUUGGCCCCCCUCACGCCCAGCUCCAGCAGCUGGCCCAUCUCUCCCAGCUUUCCCAGCAUGGCAUGCAGGGUCGCUACAGCAACAUGGCGGUGGGCUGUCCUCCCCCCCUUUCUCCUCACUCCCAACAUUCUCAGAACCCCCAGUUCACCCUGUACCACACACAGCCCACACACUCUAUCAGGCCGGGCGCCAUGCCAGGCAAACCUCCUCUGACUUUGUCUCACUCCCACCCGCACCCCCACGCACACUCCCACACCCACCCCGGGCACCCCCUCAGUGCCGCGCCGCACCCCGCCCCCCACCCACAUCAAUCUCGCUUCAUCUUUGGCACGCUGCCCCACCAACAUCAGCAUCAGCAGCCGUCCGCUUCCGUCAACACCCAUCACGCUCCGCCCGCCGCCCAGUAUCAGCCCCUGUACCCUCCUCUCUCUUCUAUCCCCCCUCCCCCCCCCCACUCCCCUUUACCCCCCCCUUCUACCCCCCUUAUCCCUCUUAUGCCUCUCUGUCCUCACCCCCCCCAGCACCCCGGGCAGCCUCAGCAGGGGCCCCAGGUGACGGGAGCUGGGGCGACUGGCACAGGGGGCAGCUCCAAAUCCAAACCUAUCAACCGGAUCAGCACGGUGGUGUGAGCAGCAGAACGUGGGGCCACAGAAGGCAGGGGUCAGAGGGUAGGAUGGAGGAAGGGAGCAGAGCUAGGGACAGGGCUAGAGCCAGGGCUAGUAGAGGUGAGCAGGACAGCAGCAGCAGUAACAACAGCGCCAGUGACAAGAAGAAACGCAACUUAUUUCGUCUCUGCUACUUUCACCUCCGCUUCCCACACAUGUAGACCGAGAGAGCAAAGGAAAGAGAGUUGGAGCUAAAUUGCAUGCACAUACCUGAACACAUACAAGACACACAGGCAGAAUAAACACACAUAAAGCAAUGCCCACAUAAAUGUAGGCACACAAAUAGGUUUGGAUAUAGGCAAAUAAUUUUCUCAGGUGAACUCUAUCAGCUCUCAGCACACAAACUCAUAAGGCAGAGUCACAGGUAUGAGCAAUGAUGUUGAAGUUGGCAGCAGGCAGGAAAAACCAUUAAAAGACACACACACACACACAAAAUCAACAAUUUCUCUAGCCAUAGAACUGAUGCUGGUUGUAAAUGUAUAGUAGAGGGCCUGUACCCAGUGUUUCACUGUCUGAAGUAUUAUUGCAAACUCUGGACUUUGCCAAGACAUGAGCUUGAGAGUGUUUUAAACAGAAGUACCAACAUGUAAUCGUGCGACGUUAUGAAUGGGGCAAAUCUAACGAUGAAAACACUCAAGAUUUGGUUCUGGUGUUGUUGAGACAAGGACAAUGCUGACCAACAGAAAGACCAUCUCCACCCAUCUGGAUAUGAAAAAGACUUCACCACUAAAUACAUUCCAGCAGGGUUGUACAUUGUAAACAGCCAUUGAGGAUAGUUGCAAAAAGAAUCCCCUCGAUUUUGCAAUAAUUUAUUCAGCUUCAUAAUAGGUUUGUCAAUUACCACGGCAGGUCUUCAUCACUGAAAGGUAUCCUUUUUUAAAGUAGACCUCAGAGACAUUUGCUUUGUCUUCAACUUUUAUGACUCACGGUUCAAUGGCAGUCUUAGGCUCUAUGGUCUUUUACAUGUAAAGAGAAGUCAGCUGGUUUCAUAGGGUUGACAUGCAUUCCCUAUAGGGUGUGUGGAUUAAUGAUGCUACCAAUAAUAUUUUUGAAUGUUUUUAAGCUUUUUUGCUGUUGUAUAAAUGUUACAUAUGUAAUUGCUGAGUAUUAUGAAUAUUGUCUAAUAACAUAACUGUUUUGAUCCAGUGAUUAAUUAGAUAUUACAGAUGUUUGAUUGAUAAAAAAAUGAUUAUACAGAGGAUAUAUACAUUUAUUCAUUCCCUCAUACUUGUAUGUAAUGAGGGUGUUAUAAAGUGUGAUUUAUUUUUGUUCUCUGUGAUGGUUGCCAUUAACUUUUAUUAUCAGUUAUUAUUAUUGAAUGUUAAAAAUAUUAGUUCAUAUUUAGGACAAUUUUUGUUCUUAGAGAGUUGUGUACCCUAUAUCUCCCUCAAUUUUGUCUGUUUAUUUUUAGGAGACUGGUGAUUGUGUGAACUAGUAGUUGCACAAUGUAAAACAAAAAAUGGUUAAUUGGAGUCAAAAUGCAUAUGAAUGAAUAUGCUUUCCCACCUCAGACCCCUCUGAAAGAUCCCCUUAAGGGCUUUGACCUUUUACCUGCUCAUGGACAAUGAUCCUCAUUUCAUUGGUGACCCUGUCGUUUAUGUCCUCCCUGUUAUCCUCCCUGUUGUCCUCCUUGUUAUCAUGGGACUCAGUCAGAAGCAUCUGGUCUUGUUGAGAGAGUUUCUCACAUGGCGUGUGUUUGGAUGGUCUAUGUCUUUGAACAAGCACGCUUUGUAAUAUAGUUUUGUGGUUUUGCACACGUGGUGUCUUCAAGUCAAAAAUGUAAUUAUUUUAAACACCCUCCUCACAUACCCCCUUGCCAGUCCUCAGAGAACUCUAAUAGCCUACACCCCAGCACCCUUACUGAAUGGGCUUGUCAUUAGAUCAAACAGGUUUGUUAAUCUCCUCUCUCAUCUCUGUUGACCACCUUUCUUACUUCCUCUCUCUGUCCUUCUAUUGCACUGUGUUUGAACAAUGGUAGAUUGAACAAGGGAUUAGCGUUUCAGGAUAAAGGGAAUCAUUUAAUUUUAGGAUGGUGAAUUGUAGUUAGACAAUACUUGAGGACACAGAAGAGACAGAUUAAUGUUAAAAGCCAGAACAAGAAUAUGGGUAGUCAAGGAAAAAUUUAAGGUUUUAGGGGUGGUUGAGGUUGAAGUUUUUUUGUUGGCUUUUACCUGCAUAAUUCCCUCUGUACUGUCCCUUUGUGACCCCUCUUGCAUGAAUAUAUCUGCACUUAUUGAAUGGAUUGUACUGUAUAAAUCUGAAUGUACAUAUUAUAUUGAGGUGUGCGUGCGUGCGUGCGUGCGUGCCUGCGUGCGUGCGUGAGAGAAAGACGAGUAGGGGACUUUGGUUUGAAUAUUGAAUUAUUUUUAUUUUAGACUGAGGGUGAGAGAAUAAAUUGCAGUAAUUAAGUGUUUGUAUGUCAGAGAACUAAUUGAUAUUAUUUUAAACAUACAGGAAGUAUGAUCUUAAGAAUUUAAUUUGUGUAUGUAGUAAGUAUUAACUGGAUGAGUAGAGAAUUGAGAUGUGAAUAUUUAUUGCUUCUGAUAUAUUAAAAAGUGUCCUUGCAGUGAAACAA